AUGAACAUUCCAAAAUCUAACAGAAAAAAAAAAUCCACAAAAUCUCAUAACUCAUCACAGCCCCAAAAUAAUCCAAAUCCUCAACCUUACUAUUCUAAUCUUCCAAUUGAUCUCAACUCAGAUUUAGAUACAAAUUUUCAAAAUUUUCCGAAUUACGGUUCACAAAAUCUCAAUUUCUCAAAUCCAAGUACUUUCACUCCGUUUCCUUUUCAACCACCACAAAAUCCUAAUUAUUCAAAUUCUCCAAAUGUUAUCCCAUCUUUUGAAAAUAUUCAAAUCUCUCAAAUUGAUUCAACAUUUCCCAUGUCUCAACAUUUUUCUAUGUCACAAGGUGAUGGUGCAUUUUCGAGUUUCGAUUGUUCAUACACAUCGAAUGCAUCAGAUGACGAAAAUGAACCAGAAGUUGAAGAAGGCGAAGGUAAUGAAAGAGGUAAUGAAGGAGGCAAUCAAGAUGGAAGGAAAAUUUUUUGGUCAAAAGCUGAAGAAGUGGUUCUUGUGAAGGCUUGGCUUGAGGUUAGUCAAAAUAAAAAAACUAACACUAACCAAAAGGGGGAUGUUUUUUGGAGGAAAAUUGAAGAAAUGUAUAAUAAUGUUAGACUAUACAAACAAAGGUGUUUCGAAGAAGGUACUGAUCGGUUAACACGAGAAGAUUUGUUGAAAAUGAGGGGUACGGAGCAACUUAGAAACCGUUGGAGAAGGAUUAAUGCUUCAUGUUCUAAAUUUUGUGGCUCACAUGCUCAUGCUGAAUCAAAAAAGGGAAGUGGUAUGAAUGAUGAAGAUGUUAUGAAAUUAGCAUAUAGUAUAUAUGCUAACGACAAAACAAAGUCUUCAUUAUGCUCUAAAACCUUUCAAGACAAGCAUGUUUGGGACAUCUUAAAACAACAUGAAGCAUGGAAACCAAGUGAAGAUGUUGUUAAAAAAUGCAAGGAAAAGACAUCCACUCAAGGAAGUGACUCAAAGAGAUCUCGUAUCAAUGAAGCUGGAAACUACUCCUCUUCAUCAAACCCAGAAACACCAACCAGUGGUGAUAUUGGGUAUUCAGGCUUUCCUUCUAGCAACGAAUCUAGUAAAAAUAAAGGAAAGAGCAAGGUGCCAAACAUGCCAAGUGGAGCAUGGCAACAAUGGUUGGACACUGCCCAGAACAUGAACCUUCUAAGGCAAUCAGAAAAUGAAGUUGAACUUACAAGGUUGCAACUAGAAAGGGAGAAAGAAGCAAGGAAGCAAAGAAAAAUUAAUAUGGAGUUAUUUAAACACCUCGAUUCAAAGCCAAACUUAUCUUCGGAAGAUCAAGAAUUAAGGAGCACUUUGUUGAAGAAGUUGUUCCCCUCAGACUAA